AGGACAUGCCGCCUGAGUACUCGACAGAUGAGACUUCUCUUGUUAAGGUAAUGGACAACAAUGACGACUACAUGACGUGACCCGAUGGACCCGCAUUUUGGUAUUCCACUUCAGUUUCCAAGUGCCUUUGCUGCCGUACAUGGGCCUAUUCCCGUGGACCAGCACACUCACGAAGGACGCUACCUUUGGGAUCCACGAAUACAUCAUCUUCACCAUGGCACCCCUGGACUACCACCUGCAAAUAGCAACUCAAAUCUCAGUGAUCUGUCGAUGCUUGCCCAAAGACGAGCUUCAGUGGGCAAUAGCCAUAUGGAGAGCCCUGUGCAUCUACCAUAUCGGAUUAGUCCAUACAGUAUGGACCAGUUUUAUGGUCCUUUACCUCCUGCUCCUCCUCCACCAGUCCCUGGGAUUGGUUCUAUGGAAAGUAGAGGUUUACCAUUUCAUGCAGAAUACUUGCAACAGAUGGCAGCUUUAGGGCAGAGGUGUAUGCUUGGAGACUGUCAUUCCAGCCCCCAGUACCCUGCUGAAUCACUUUUAACAUCCGAAGGAUCACAUUUAGCAAGCCCUCGGCCUGGACCACGACAUGCACGAAAAAGAGCACUGUCUAACUCGCCAUACUUAUCUGAUUCAUUGGAUCUUGGAUCCAUGAUUCGAUUUUCACCUAAUUCUUUAGUUUCGUCAUAUAUGAAUGGUUCUAGAAGUUCAAGUGCCAGUGGUUCUUAUGGUCAUCUUUCAGCAGGUACUCUAAGUCCAGCUUUAGGGGUACCUCAGCAGUCUCCUCAUUUCCAUCAUCUUAUGAGACAAGGUGGCCCAAUGAUAGUUCCUUCAGCUUUUGCUACACAACCCCUAGUCGGUUCUUUUGGUUCUCUAAUGCCUAACAAACUGGACUGUUUGCCCGAUUCAUCUGGUGGCCGAGAAACUGCUUGUAAUAUUGUAAGUAGUACCGUUGAUGGUGAAGAUGCCCAGCAUCUUAAAAUAAAAAAGGAAAUAUGUCGCAGGGAUAUGCUGAAUGAUGAUGACAGGGAUACUGUUGCUGACAUGAAAGACGAACCAGGUGAUUUUAUCGAAACAAAUUGCCACUGGUACGAUUGUGGAAAAGAGUUUCUAACACAGGAUGAACUAGUGAAGCAUAUAAAUGAUGACCAUAUUCAUGGAAAUCGGAAGUCCUUUGUAUGUCGCUGGAAAGACUGUUCUCGGGAAGAGAAGCCUUUCAAAGCUCAAUAUAUGUUAGUAGUGCACAUGAGAAGACAUACUGGAGAAAAGCCACAUAAAUGCACAUUUGAAGGAUGUUCAAAAGCAUAUUCACGUUUAGAAAAUCUGAAGACUCAUUUGCGUUCACACACAGGGGAAAAACCAUAUACAUGCGAGUUUCCUGGUUGCACAAAAGCAUUUAGUAAUGCUUCAGACCGAGCAAAACAUCAGAAUAGAACCCAUUCAAAUGCAAAACCAUAUGCUUGUAAAGCACCUGGCUGCACUAAAAGAUAUACAGAUCCCAGCUCUUUGCGCAAGCAUGUAAAAACUGUUCAUGGAGCUGACUUUUAUGCCAAUAAGAAACAUAAGGGUGGUGAAGGCAAAGAAGGUGAUAAAGAUAGCCAUGCUGAUGACCAGCAUGGAGAUCAAAAUAGCAUGGAAGGAAGUCCGAAUUCUGAGGGAAGUAACUUGACUCAUCCGGGAAGUUUAUCUAGCCCAAGCAUUAAGUCUGAGGAUUCACCUCGUGGAAACCAAGAAGAAUCAGUUGAUGAAACUGGACCUCCAAUUAGUGACAACAGCAUUUCAACAACCAGUGGUCAUGCAGAUAAUGAUACUGUUUGGGAUGUGGCAGAUAUUGUGGAAGAGGAGAUUCUUGAAGAAAGUAUUGCUCUGGCUUCUUGUUCUGUGGGUGGAGGAAGGACAAAAGAUGAAGGCAGCAGAAACACUAGCAGAAAUCGUUUGAAAAGAAUUCAAGCACAACUAAAAUCUGCUAGCUCUUGGUUCCCCAAUUUCCUGCCUUCCAGAAGAGGAAAUGGAAACAGAAGAAAUGUUCCUAACGUAAUCACAGUUCAGAAUGGUCCUAAUGUUGCUACAACGAAUGAAAAUCUGAAAGUUCGAGAAAAUAAUCUACAAAAUCAAGGUUCUAUGACAUGUACCACAGAUUUACAAAAGACUACUAGGCGUAAUAGCGGUAGUAGCAGUACUGUUAGUUCCUUCUACAGCAGUAUGCAAUCGGAAGCAAGUUCACAGCAGUUAAGUACUCACAGUGGGAAAAGUGGUCAAGAGCAUUCCAAUAAUUUACAAGUGCAUGGUUCAGUUUAUGACCCAAUAUCUGCUGGCAGUUCUAGGCGUUCUAGUGAAUCUGCUGAGCCUUUACCUAAUGGACUUACUGCUCACUUACAUAGAGUACAUGCCAGAGCUUUGGCUUCCCAGCAUCUAUCAAAUACAGGCAAUUUAGUUGUGUUAAGCCAGAGUGAAUCUUUGGCAUCAGACAGUGAAGGACUACAACGUGGUUGUCAAAAUACGCAACAAAUGGCAGUGCAUCAAAAUAAUAUGAAACCUCCCCAAACAAGUAAUACACCAUGCAGUGCAAGACCAUUGCCAUCAGUUCUUAGCAAUAAAGGGCAUCAUCCAAAUCAAGAUGUGGUGCUAGAAGAACUAGAAAAGGAUAAACCAAUUGAAGAAAAUAAAGAUGUAAUUUUACCAGAUGAAAUGGUCACUUACCUACAUGAAGUUGCUGAACAAAGUCACAGACCUCCUUCAGUUUUGAGUGAAGCAGUAACUAGUGUCAGUCGAUAUAUAACACCAAAAACUCCUGUAAAUAACCAAACGAGAAGCCCACAGAAUGUUCCAUGUACAAAUCAUGCUCCCCAGCAACAGAGCUGCGUACAGAAUGGCCAGCAGAAUUGGACUUCUUGCAAUUCAUGUUGUCAAAACUCCCACAAUCCCACCUGGGUUCCACACAACUGUCAACAUAACCAUGUAAAUUAUCCUAAUGGAGUUCAGCAGAACGUACAGUCAUGCUGCUAUACAAAUUCAGGAACACAGCAGCCAGUACAAAAUUGCCAUGAAGUUCAUAAACCCAUGCAGCCACAUGCUGGCUGCAUAAAUCCAGCAACAGCUCCUAAUUUUCAUAAAAUACCACCAUAUAAUCAAAAUACUACCUCUUAUCCAUCAAAUAUUCCUUCACAAAUUAAUCCUAGCUCAAAUCACCAAGUAAGGAAUCAGUGUUAUCCUCCCCAUGGUUAUUCACAACAAGCUAUGAACAAUCAAAAUGGUUAUGUUGAACAAUAUAAUAAUCCUGCAAAUAAUAUGCAUCCUCCUCCAUCAACUCCAUAUUCCUCCCAAAGUAACUAUAACCAUGUCAAUAAUCAGCCUAAUUCUAUGAUGCCUACAGCACCAUAUAUGGGAAAUAAUAUGCAACACUAUGGUAAUGAAAAUCCACAGCCCACAUACCCUAGUCAAGGAGGAACACCAUCCAAUACAUAUGGAAUGCAUCCUAACAAUUCAUCUCACAGCCACUGCCCACCACCUAACUAUCCUCCAUAUAAUGCAGCAAGCAAACAUCCCAGUCAAGCAGGUUCUAUGCAAUAUAAUGCACAACCAGCUUCAAAUUCUCACAGUUCACAAUCAUUUAACCAAGUUGGCCUUAAUCAGAACCUACAAGUCAUGCACAGUGAUAGUGCCAAUCAACAUAUGAAUUACGUUCCUCAAAACAAUUCUUGUUAUAUUCCGAAUGGUUGGUGCAACAACCAAUCACAAGAUUAUAAUUCUUACACUUCUGGCAAUAGCACAAUGCCUUACCCUCAGGAAGCUAUUCCAAAUGUACCUCAUACUCAAAAUGGGAUGCAACAUCACCAUCAUCAUUCAAAUCAUCUUGCUCAUCUACCUGUUCAAAGUUUAAAUUCAAACACACCAAUUCAACAGUGUGUGCACAAAACUGGGAUUAAUGGAGCUUCAGCUAAUCCUUGUACUUAUAAUCAAAUGCAGUAUGCUUCCAAUGCUGAAUCCAUACAGUACCCAGUACAUCAACAGUCUUCAGUGCCUAUGCAGUAUCCUGUGAUGCAACCAAAUCAAUACCAAGACCACAAAAUUUUGAAAAGUACUGAUGCACAUUUACCUUGUAACAGUAACAAUCCAAAUCACAUAGACUCUAUGUGCCAAAGCCAAUUACCAACACUGCUGCAUAAUGACAGUAACCAUUGUUGUAAUCAUAAAUUGGGCACAUCAAUUCAGGCACAACAUAGUGCUUCUAGCAUAUCAGAGCAAGAUGAAAAAGACUCUUCUGUUUCUGCAGCAAUUGCACGGUCAUCUCAUAGUUGCUCCACUACAGAUCAACGAGAGAUUCAGUGCCAAAAUGUUAGCCAGUCUUCCUUAUCUGGAGAAGCAUAUCAGAGAACUUUGAAAUACGUUCAACAGUGCCAAGAACUCUUAGGAAAGCAGCAAGCCUCUCCAGGAUGCAAUCGAGUAAGCAGUAGCACUGACAGGCAUAGUCCGGCAGUCAGCCAUUCUCCAUUGCUGCAGACUUCUAACAUGGUCAUAAAUGAUCUUAAUUCUGGAUUACACUCUUUGGUUGAAGAAACACGAUACUUGCAAUUAUUGCAUUGACUCUGAUGAUUGAUUUCAUUGCAGUUGUAUAAUUAUGAUAAAAUGUAUGUAGUUAUAUAUUUGACUGAAAAUAAUUUUGUACAUUUCAUGUAUACAUUUCCUACAUCUUUUAAUAUGUAAUAAUUAUAUAAUUUUUUAAAAACAAAAUCUAUUUCUAUAGCUUGGAAAAAAUUGGGUUUAAAAUAUGAAACUAUGUUUGUGCCUUUUUGAAAUGAUGGAAUAUUUUUCAUAGAGAGCUUAUACUAAGCUAAUUUUUAAUACUGUUAAAAUUUGUUUUAGAAAUUGUAAAAAACUAUAUAUAUUUCAAACUUUUAAAAUGAAGUUUAGUGUGCCUUUAAGUUUUGAAUUUUGUGAAAUGCUAUUCAUAAAAAAAUGCUGCAAAUUCGAAAUGUGAUGUUAUGUAUCCUAUCAGCAUUUAUUUGCUCACUUGAAAACGAAUUGUGCCUUAACUGGCCGAAUUAUUUUUUUACUUGUUAAAUAUGGUUCAUGGUCUACCGCAUUACUUUAAAUAUGGUUCAUAUUGUGGAUACAACUGAAAAUGAUAAGCUUUUAAAAAUUAUUUGUGAAAGGAAUGCAAAAUGUGGGGUAAUUAAUAAAGAAUGAAACUAUUUUGCUCAUCUGGCGUAAAAUAACUAAAUAUUAUGUAAUAAUGGCUAAGUUAUUAGCAGGCAGGAGAAAUAUGAAAGUUUGUUAUAUGAAAUGUUAAGAGCCUAGAUUUGUCAAAACUAGAAACAUGAAAACUGUGUAAUGCCCUUGCCAAGAUUUGAACUCUGGACCUCCCAAUUAUGCUUCUAAUUACACCAUGAAGGCAUGUGGUAAGGAAGGAGAAAAAUCCCUUAUAUUUUCCCCCAUUUAGAGGACAGAGGAAUAAGCUGCCAAAUCCAGGCGAUGACAAAAUAUCAUUCACAACAUUUUAGUUUGGACAUCAACAAAAUUGGUUAUCAAGUGUUUCAAACCAAGGGGAAAAAAAAAAAAAAAAAUCAAUGGUGCACUGGCCAGGAUUUGAACUCUAGACCUCCUGAUUGUCAGCCAGCUGUAUUUCAAAUUACACUAAGGAAAUAUGUGGCAAGGAAGGAAAAAAUGACUUAAUUGACACACCCAUAACACUGAAGUCAGUGUUAAUAAAACGAACAUUUACCUCCCUAGAAUAAUUGUUUUGCUAAUGGCAAAUGUGCACAAAGUACUAGUUUCAAUCUUACUGAAUUACUCUGCAUUUUAAACAAAAAUCAAUUUUGCUAUAACCAACUAAACUACGUUGUUAUUUGUUAAGUAUGGCUCAUAUCCAAAAACAUAGGUGUAAAAUGCAGAUUGCUUAAAAAAUUAAAAAUGAAAUGUAUUGUAAAGUAUUUAAAGUGCAAUUUUUUACAAAUGUUCUUUUUCUGAUGCACUAAUGUUUUCCUGUUUGAAGAUUUUGACUGUAAAUAGUUAUUUGUGCAUUUGAUGUUAGUAAAUGUUUAUAAUGGAUAA